AUGACCAAACUUUUCAUUACCGGCGCUACUGGCUAUAUUGGCGGCGACUCACUAGCCACACUCGCUGCCAAGCACCCAGACUUCUCCUAUGCAGCUCUAGUCCGCACCAACGAGAAGGCUGAGCAGGUCAAGGCCCAGUAUCCAAAUGUCCGCAUCGUCCUGGGAUACCUCGACGACUCUGCCCUGUUGGAGAAAGAAAGUGCAGCAGCAGAUAUCGUCCUACACACCGCCGAUGCAAGCGACCAUGUCAGUGCUGCAAAGGCCAUAAUAGCAGGUUUGGUGUCUGGCCACACCAAAGAGCACCCUGGUUACCUGCUCCACACCGGAGGAACGGGUAUCCUUACCUGGGAAGACAGCGACAAGAACGAAUAUGGAAAUAGAAGCGAGAAGAUCUACAAUGACUGGGAUCGUGUUGAUGAGCUGCUUAACCUCCCAGACCAUGCGUUCCAUCGAAAUGUAGACCAGAUCAUCCUUGAUGCGGGUACGCAGCAUGCCGAUGUGCUCAAGACAGCACUCGUUUGCCCACCUACAAUCUAUGGCAAGCGUCGAGGACCUUGCUCCCAGCGUGGGCGUCAGGUGUAUGAGUUGGCCAACGUGACGCUCCGCAUAAAGAAAGGCCCGAUCAUCGGCGCCGGCCAGUCCAUCUGGAACAACGUACACGUUCACGACCUGAGUGAUGUAUACUCACUCCUAGUAGAUGCAGCGCUUGCAGGCAGAUCCGACGACGGGCUCUGGGGAGCCAAGGCCUACUAUCUCACUGAGAACGGGGAACACGUCUGUGGCGAGCUAACACAAGCUACAGCAGAUGCAGCCGCCAAACUGGGGUACAUCCCCGAGCCAAAAGCCGAGCCAAUCGACCUGGAAAGUGCCACGAACGCCCGCAAGAUCCUAGGCUGGAAGCCGUACCAACCCAGUCUGGUGGAUGCUGCCUGA